AUGGCGAAUUUUUCGUGCAAAGAGAUCCUUGGGAUUGGUAAACAGGAAGAGAAAUGCAGGUUCACCGUCCAUGCGGAGUUGAUCGAGGAGUUCUACGAGGAGGAAGGAUUCAUGGGUGGCUUCUUUUACGCAGGUGGCAAAAUCAUCAACAACAUCCAGCGAUUAGUAGUGACAUCAAUUCCUGAGGUUGAACACAGUCGCUCUUCACCAGUCACCACUGCAUCUAAGAAGAUGGAUUCCAAGAACAUGGAUCACAUAUCUAGCCCAGUUUUGCGUCAUACUGUAACUCGCGGAGAAUGCUCGUCCAGCCAAGGAUCAACAGAUGCCCUGGCCAAAUUGCGGUCGUACAUCCCUUUGGAGAAGAUGCCUAAAGUUCUUCAGAAGCCAUUCGAAGAAAUACCACAAAUGCUACAUCCACAUCUGCUAGAUAUCAUUUUACAUAGGCCGGAAAAUGGUGAAAUCUUUUCUUUCAAGGCUAAAAAAGGAACUUUUACAGUUUGGGCUAACUUCGUAAGGCCAAAGAAAGAGGACUGCAAAAAUUGGGAAAAAUCAAAGUUUCCAGUACAAAACCAAGGAAAACAUCAGAAUUGUUGGUCGAUUGGGGGAAGUGAGCAUAUAAGUGAGGCCCGUGAGAUUCACCAUAUUGACGAGAAGCUCACAUCAUACUCUGGCCAGUUUUUGGUUGAUUUUGCCGAUCCUGCUCGGGCAAAGGAAGUGUUUUUGAAGACCGAACAAAAGCACUAUUGCUAUCCGUAUCCAUGCAUCUACGGUAUGGAAUAUGCCAUGGCUUAUGGUAUGCCAAAAACUGAUGACUGGGGUCAUACUGGAUGCCAUACUCAGGUGCUUCCCUCCAAGAGUCAUGUUAAACUGCAUCACGUCUUAAAUGACGCCAGAGCAUUCUCAGAUGUCCGUAAAGCAAUUCACUACCUUCAGACCCAACCAAUACUUGCUCAAAUUGGUAUCUUUAAGCCCGAGUUUGGAAGGAUUGGAAAUGGAGUUUACCGCGGACCUACCUCUGUUCAUUCUGUUUUCUCUGCAUGGCAUCAAGUUUCAAUACGGUUUAUAACCGUGGAGAAUGGAGAGUUGAUUGCACACUGCAGGAAUAGCCAUGGUGAAGAAAGGGGAUUACUGGGAUAUUUCAAGGCAUCUUUAGAUAUUAUGCUACUUGAACUAUGUACAUCUGGAGUGCCAUCAUAUACUGUUCCAACUAGACUCUUCAAAAUGUUUUUCUGUGGAGAAGUCCGGAGCGAAUACGAGAGGAAGGUUGAAGAACAUUUUAUUGAGGGUGGUCAUCAAGUCGGUAUCUCAGAUUAUAUCUCAUUUUUGAUUUUUGAAGGAAUUUGUCACAAUACGUCUGGCAGUGUGAUUCAGCUUGAGGAUGGUGAGAAUGUAAUCAUUGGAAGUCCAACAAACCGAGCUUUACUUAAAUGGGCCUUAAAGAGAGACAUGAGCUUCACUUCUAUCAAGUCCGAGUCCAUGUUUAUUAAACGUUCUGGAAUGGAUUCGUCCAUGGAAUGCCUAGGCACAGCAGUUGAAUGUGUAAGUGAUGUCUCAUUAUUCCUUGCUACUUUCUGCUUUUCUAGUUGA